AGGUCGCAGCAGUGGCAAAGGACCGCCUCAGCCUACUAUUUCUUUUGAUGGCAUCUAUGCAAACAUGAGAAUGGUUCACAUACUGACAUCAGUUGUUGGAUCCAAAUGUGAAGUACAGGUGAAAAAUGGUGGUAUAUAUGAAGGAGUUUUUAAAACCUACAGUCCUAAGUGUGAUUUAGUGCUCGAUGCUGCUCAUCGGAAAACUGCAGAAUCCAGUUUGGGGCCAAAACGUGAAGACAUACUAGAGAGUAUCUUGUUCAAGUCUUCAGAUUUUGUGAUGGUGCAUUUUAAGGAUAUGGAUACCAAUUAUGCAAGAAGAGAUGCUUUUACUGAUUCAGCCAUCAGUGCUAAAGUCAAUGGUGAACACAAGGAAAAGGAUCUUGAACCAUGGGAUGGAGGAGAGACCACCGCUACGGAGGAGCUUGAGGCAUUAGAGACAGAUGUUUCUAAUGGAUGGGAUCCCAAUGACAUGUUUCGUUACAAUGAAGAAAAUUAUGGUGUAGUAUCAACUUAUGACAGCAGUUUAUCUUCUUAUACGGUGCCAUUAGAAAGAGAUAAUUCAGAAGAGUUUUUAAAACGGGAAGCCAGAGCAACUCAAUUAGCAGAGGAAAUCGAAUCAAGUGCCCAAUACAAAGCUCGGGUUGCCUUGGAAAAUGAUGAAAGAACAGAAGAAGAAAAAUACACUGCUGUUCAGAGAAAUGCUAACGAACGAGAAGGCCACGGUGUGAACACUAGAGAAAAUAAAUACAUUCCACCUGGACAGAGGAAUAGAGAUGUCAUGUCCUGGGGAAGUGGAAGACAAAACUCACCAAGGAUGGGCCAGUCUGGAUCAGGCCCACCAAUUUCAAGGUCUGGAUCCCAUUCUUCAGAAUUCAGUCCUAACUCUGGAGCAGAUCAAAGAGUAGUUAACGGAGGGCCUCCACGGAUGUCUCCUAAGGCACAACGGCACCCUCGAGGUCACAGAGUCUCUACUGUUCCAAGAUUAUCCCCUAAAACACACAGGCCUAGGUCUCCAAGGCAGAGCAGCACUCCCAUGGGACCAGCUCUGCCUUCUCCUCAGCCUGGAACUAUUCCCACUGAAUCUGUUGCCAUGCCUGUUCCAGCUGCCUCUCCUACACCUGCCAGCCCUGCAUCCAACAGAGCAGUUACCCCUUCCAGUGAAGCUAAAGAUACUAGGCUUCAAGACCAGAGGCAAAAUUCUGCAACUGGAAACAAGGAGAAUAUAAAGCCAAGUGAGACUUCUCCUAGUUUCCCUAAACCUGAAAACAAAGGUGUAUCUCCAAUUGUUUCAGAACAUAGAAAACAGAUUGAUGAUUUAAAGAAAUUUAAGAAUGACUUUAGGUUACAGUCAAGUUCCUCUUCAGAUGCAGUGGAUCAGCUGCUAAACAAAACCCGAGAAGGUGAAAAAUCAAGAGAUGUAGUUAAAGAAAAGACAGAAUCAACCCCUAAAGAAUCUAUCAUAGAAACUGGCAGUAAUACUAACUCUAACGGUGGCAGUAGCAAACCUAAUAGUCCAAGUAUUUCUCCUUCAAUAAGUAAUAGUUCUGAGCAAAAGCGGGGGCCUGAGGUAACUUCACAAGGUGUACAGACAUCUGGGCCUGGAAGUAAACAAGAUAAAGAGGAUAAAGAGGAGAAGAAAGAUACUUCUGAGCAAGUUAGAAAAUCAACACUUAAUCCUAAUGCAAAAGAGUUCAACCCUCGAUCUUUUGCUCAACCGAAACCUUCUACUACACCAACCUCCCCUCGUCCGCAAGCUCAACCUAGCCCCUCCAUGGUGGGUCAUCAGCAGCCAACCCCAGUGUACACUCAGCCUGUUUGUUUUGCACCAAAUAUGAUGUACCCGGUUCCAGUGAGUCCAGGCGUGCAGCCUUUGUAUCCAAUUCCCAUGACGCCCAUGCCAGUGAACCAAGCCAAGACAUAUAGAGCAGGUAAAGUACCAAAUAUGCCACAGCAACGGCAAGACCAACAUCAUCAGAGCACCAUGAUGCAUCCUGCCUCAGCAGCAGGCCCUCCAAUUGUAGCUACGCCACCUGCUUAUUCAACACAAUAUGUUGCAUAUAGUCCCCAACAGUUUCCUAAUCAGCCUCUUGUGCAGCAUGUGCCACACUACCAAUCUCAGCAUCCUCAUGUUUAUAGCCCUGUAAUACAGGGCAACGCUAGAAUGAUGGCACCACCAACACACGCACAGCCUGGUUUAGUAUCUUCUUCUGCAACACAGUAUGGUGCGCAUGAACAGACGCAUGCUAUGUAUGUUUCCACUGGCUCACUUGCUCAGCAGUAUGCCCACCCUAAUGCUACCCUGCAUCCGCAUCCUCCGCAUCCUCAGCCUUCUGCCACACCAACUGGCCAGCAGCAAAGCCAACAUGCUGGAAGCCACCCUGCUCCUAGCCCCGUGCAGCAUCAUCAGCACCAGGCUGCUCAGGCACUCCACCUGGCAAACCCACAGCAGCAGUCGGCAAUUUACCACGCAGGUCUAGCUCCAACCCCACCUUCCAUGACGCCAGGCUCCAAUACGCAGUCUCCACAAAAUAGUUUUCCUACAGCACAACAAACAGUCUUCACCAUUCAUCCCUCCCAUGUUCAACCUGCAUAUACCAAUCCGCCACACAUGGCCCAUGUCCCCCAGGCUCAUGUACAGUCAGGAAUGGUUCCUUCUCACCCAACUGCCCAUGCUCCAAUGAUGCUAAUGACGACACAGCCACCUGGUGGUCCCCAAGCCGCCAUCGCUCAAAGUGCACUACAGCCCAUUCCAGUCUCGACAACAACACAUUUCCCCUAUAUGACGCACCCUUCAGUACAAGCCCACCACCAACAGCAGUUGUAAGGCUCAUCUGGAAUAACUGAAAGGCUGGAUACCUUUUGUAGGCCAAAUACCCUCCUUCUACUGCUUCUGCCAACUGGAAGCACAGAAAACCUAGAAUUUCAUUUUAUUUUUGUUUAAAAAAAAAAA